AUGGAGUACGGCAAGAUCCUGACAUUCACCAACUGGAAGCUUUUUAUGACGCCGAGAAAGACCAGGAUGAGUUUGAAUAACGUGUCCAACGCCCUCUCCGACGCAAAAUAUGGUGUGUUGGGAAUUGGCAUCCCGCCAGCAUAUGCUGAUGGGAUGAACGAGGCGGGUCUCACGGUCGCCCUGCAGUCUCUCUAUCGCAGUGAAUAUCAGAAAUGCGACUUCUUCUCGAAGGAUUACAAAACCAUCUUCACCCAGAGCCUUGCGCAAUGGAUCUUGACUUCCUUCUCAACGGUCGAAGAGGUCAAAGAAGCAAUUCUGAGCAAGAAGUAUUGCAUCAUGAACCCGAUACCUCUACGUGCCGCCAACACGCACUGGGCUAUAACUGACAAGGAGGGUGGCUCGAUUGUCUUGGAAUAUGAGCGAGGGGAGCCCAGGAUCUACAACAACUAUGUGGGCCUCAUGACCAAUGACCCCUUCUACCCAUGGCAUGUUGACAACUUGAAUGCCUAUCGGUGGAUCUUGCCAGAGCCGGGCAACAACGAGGAUCUGCUCCUCCCAACUGGAGAGCUCUUGGCAGGUCAAGGCAAGGUGCCCUAUGACAUGGGUCACGGCUUCAAUACCGGUGGCUUGCCUGGUGACGCUUCCCCGCCAUCGCGCUUUGUCAGGAUGUUCUUCACGAGGCAGAUCUCACAGGUCAAUGCUCCUCCGGACACUCUGGAGGACUGGCUGGUUCUGGCUCAAGGAAUACUCAACAGCAUUUUCAUCACGAAAGGCUUCACUGAACCGAAUCCCCUCGGCAAGCUUGUUGAAAGUGGCCACACGGCCUGGGCGACCAUCCGGGUACCUAAGACAGGCUUCUACGCUUACCGAAACUAUGAGAGCAUGCAGUGGCAGAUGGUGGACACGACGAAGCUGGAUUGGACCCAGCGCGUCAAGCUUCCCACAAAUAACGAUUUCGCAGCAGGCAUGAACGACAUCACAGCGUCUCUGCCGACGAUCGACUCUACGGGUCAGCACUUCCUUCAUGCGAAGCGACAUGCCCAGCAGGUUGAGGAUACUGUGCUCUUCCAGGUGCCGCCUCAAGAGCUGUGA